GAAGUGGAACGACUACGAAAGGAUAGCAAAAGAAGAGGAACAUUGUUCUCACAUCGUAAAAAGGCUUUGUUCCGGAAAGCAGACCGUAUUUUCCAAGACUGCGAUGCAAAGGUUUAUACCUUUAUCGAGCGGAAGGGCCGUAUCUGGAUCUACACUAGCCAUCCCUCCGACGAUACCUUGCCCCGUAGUCAAGCGUCACUAGUGAGA